UCUGUUGGAACUACACUGGAGCCAUCGCCCAGGCGAGACCCCUCCCUGCCACUCUGAGUGCUAUCUCCAGGGCCCAGGUGUCUUCCCUUCUCCAAAUCAGAACCAGCAGUGCCUGGCAGGCCUCAGAGUGUUCCUUCCAGCCCCAUGGGGGCUGGGCCUUCAGAUCUUAGGCCAGCAGCCGGAUGCCCGGGCCCAUUGGGCCGGCCGGUGGCCGCCUGCGGGAUGAGCAGGCUGCUGGGGGGGACGCUGGAGCGCGUCUGCAAGGCUGUGCUCUUGCUCUGCCUGCUGCACUUUCUCGUGGCCGUCAUCCUCUACUUCGACGUCUAUGCGCAGCACCUGGCCUUCUUCAGUCGCUUCAGUACCCGUGGCCCUGUUCAUGCCCUCCACCCAGCUGCCAGCAGCAGCACCAACUGCUCUCGGCCCAACGCCACUGCCCCCAGCUCUGGCCUCCCUGAGGCCCCCAGUGCCCGGCCUGGCCCCACAGCUCCCAUCCUGCCACCUUGUCCUGACUCACCACCUGGUCUUGUGGGUCGACUGUUGAUUGAGUUCACCUCACCCAUGCCACUGGAGCGAGUGCAGAGGGAGAACCCAAGCGUGCUCCUUGGUGGCCGCUAUGCACCACCCGACUGCACCCCAGCCCAGACGGUGGCAGUCAUCAUCCCCUUUCGACACCGGGAACACCACCUACGCUACUGGCUCCACUAUUUGCACCCCAUCCUGAGGCGGCAGCGGCUCCGCUACGGCAUCUACGUUAUCAACCAGCAUGGUGAGGACACCUUCAACCGGGCCAAGCUGCUCAAUGUGGGCUUCCUAGAGGCAUUGAAGGAAGACGCCUCUUAUGACUGCUUCAUCUUCAGCGACGUGGACCUGGUCCCCAUGGAUGACCGCAACCUGUACCGCUGUGGCGACCAGCCUCGCCACUUCGCCAUUGCUAUGGACAAAUUUGGCUUCCGGCUACCCUAUGCUGGCUACUUUGGAGGUGUGUCAGGCCUGAGUAAAGCCCAGUUUCUGAGAAUCAAUGGCUUCCCCAACGAAUACUGGGGCUGGGGUGGUGAGGAUGACGACAUCUUCAACCGGAUCUCCCUGACUGGGAUGAAGAUCUCGCGCCCAGACAUCCGAAUAGGCCGCUACCGCAUGAUCAAGCACGACCGGGACAAGCAUAAUGAACCCAACCCUCAGAGGUUUACCAAGAUUCAAAACACGAAGCUGACCAUGAAGCGGGACGGCAUUGGAUCAGUGCGGUACCAGGUCUUGGAGGUGUCUCGGCAACCACUCUUCACCAAUAUCACAGUGGACAUUGGCCGGCCCCCAUCAUGGCCCCCUCGGGGCUGACACCAAUGGACAGAGGCUCCCAGUACUGAGGACUGCCUGCCAGAGGACUGACCUACAGCCUGGCUGGUGGCUGAGAGGGUGGCUAAGGGAGCCCUGAGGACUGAAACUGUGGGCCCUGUUUUCUGAAGGGCUUCAACAGGCCCCCCAUCUGCACCUGGAAGUUUCAGAACCCACUUUGGGGGCUUCCAGCCUGGGCUGGCCCCUCAAGUGUGGCCCUCUCUGGGGUCAACCCUCUCUCCUGCCCCUCCCUCCCAGCCUAGUCCCCCUCACUGUCAGGGUUGGGCCAGCCCCUGCACUGCCUCGUUGAGUGGCCUGGGCUAGGUCACUCCACCUCUCUGUGCCUCAGUUUCCCCUCCCCUUGAGUCCCCUAGGGCCUGGAAGGGUGGGAGGUUUGACUAAGGGGCAGUGUCUCUCUUCCAGGGGGAAUCCUCAGACCUGGGGAUCCCCCAUGCUUCCAGGGGAGGGGAAACCUUUUACAUUCAACAUUGUAGGGAGCAAACUUUGGUGUGCCCCCUGUUGAGGAGUAGCCCCAGAAGGGGACCAGAGGGGAUGCUGUGUUGCUGCCUGGGAUCUUGGGGUCGGGCUUUGCAUGGGGGGGCGGGUGGGGUUUGGAUCAGUCCGUCUGGUUCCCGCCUCCCUGUCUCAGAGGAGGCAGUAGCCCCAGGGCCGGCUCGUGUUUGUACAUUGCACAGAAAUUUGUGUGGGUGCUUUAGUAAAAAACGUGAAUGGA